AUGGUGAAGGAUGACGUCACACUUCCACCAGUUCAAAAGCUACAUUACCUGAAAGCAAGCUUGACGGAUGAGCCUGCUCAACUAUUAGGAAACAUGAGUAUCACGGGUGAUAACUUUGAGCGAGCAUGGGCAACGCUCAUGCAGCGGUAUGAUAAUGAACGUGCUCUUAUUAUUGCAUACUUGGGGAAACUUUUCGGGUUAGAAUCUGUCACUAAGGAACUUGUUUCAGGACUUUGUUCUCUUUUAAAUGACACUUGUGAAGUGAUUGGUUGGCUUAAGUCUAUGAACAGACCCACGAAGCACUGGGAUAAUAUCUUAGUUUAUAUGAGAGUGAACCGUUUAGGCCGCUUCUCCCGCAAGGCUAGGGAAGAAAAAACGGGAUCACUUCACAUUAAUCCUUUAUUUGAAACUUUAAAGACCUUUUUAGUUUCACGAUUAAGCACUCUGGAGAUACUUAAAUUUGCGGAAGGUUCCCAAUUUAAGUAUUCAUCAACCGAAAGCAGAGGUAAAAUGACAGGCGUCGAAUCGGGUAAUAAGGGUAGCAACACACAAGCACAUGGUGCUUCGCUAAAAGAGGGUGGUUGUCCACUAUGUACUGGUAAGAACUUUGUUUUGUUUUGCCCUCUUUUUAGACCAAAGAAUUCUAAUCAGCGACGAGAACUAAUUCGAAAGUGUGGAUUACGUUUCAAUUGUCUGGGAAAGCAUUUGAUUCGAAAUUGUAUUUCAUCCAAGCGCUGUCAAACCUGCUCCGGUCAGCAUCAUACUAUGUUGCAUCGACGAUCUAGUGAUGCUCCACUAUGUGAAUCUGUAAAUACAGCUGUGCCGUCCACAUCUAAUUUAAAUGUGACUAGUACUGCGUUUACACCGAUAUUGUCUGCUGUUAAUUCGCAUCUUGCUCAAGGUCCUCUUUGA